AUGACGUUGUCCAGUAAUAAUAGUUAUUUGAUGAUUCCACCGAUGUUUGUCGAAAGCUCUCCUUCUUAUGAGAGUUUGAAUGAUGCACUGAAUACUGGUAACCAUUACGACCCAGCAGAAGUGAACGAAUCGACAACAUAUAUCAAAUCAGAAUUUUCUUAUUACAAUAACAGUAGCAACAACAAUAAUUGUAGUCUCGCUAAUCAGAAACCUCAACUUUUAGUUGAUACAACGACUGAUGAUAAUUGUUGCUCGAUUUCUUUACCAUCGCUCACUUCUUCUGGUCAAUCUUCGCCACAGCAAAGUGUUCCAACUAUAUUGUAUCCUUUUGCCGAGUUUCGAAAUUCGAGCAAUCAUCAUGACGAUAAUAAUAACAAUGGGAAUAAUGGAAAUACUAUUCACGUCAAAACCGAAGAAUUUCCAUUAGAUCAAUUGACUUUGGACUCAGUCUCCAGCUGUGAAUCUUCUCCGAUUAAUAGACCCGGAAGCAAUGGCAAUAAUAAUGUGACUAAUCAAAAUAAUAACUCGAGUACACUGGAAAGUCAUCAUCAGGAACAAGUGCGAUUUAUCAUUUACGAACCUGAAGGGCACAAUAAUCACCAUCAUAACAAUGGAAAUUGUGCAAGCGCCAAUGGUGGACAAUCUUCAAUUUCAUUGACUUUCGAUUAUUUACCGACACAACAACAUCAACAAAAUCACACGUUACCAUCAGAUUCACCAAAUUACGCAACAAGCACCACUUCUUCAUCACCAUCACUCUCAUAUACGCAUCUACGAUCUCAUUCUCCUGCACGUCCUUAUCCAUGCCCGAUGUGUCCACGAUCAUUUUCUCGUAAGCAUGAUCUUCAACGACACAUCCGAGUACAUACAGGUGUCAAACCUUAUCAAUGUCCAUGCUGCCGCAAGGCUUUUGCUCGCACUGAUGCAUUACGUCGCCAUUUCAAAGUCGAAGUAACAUGUGGACAGAGCGAAGCUGUUCAAAAUAUGAAGACGCGCAGAAGAUAUUCUGAGAUGCAAUAA